AUGAUUCACACUCAUUAUUUUUGUUGCUUAAAGCUUGCCUUCCUCUUCUUCUUAUCCUCUCUUUCUCUCUCUCAGAAAACAACUUCACUUGGGCAAACUCCCAUAUGAAAGGAAUUCUAAAGAGUCCCACUUGGCCACCACUAAGUGAUAGAGUUAAGGGUCAUCUACAGGUAUACUAGCACCCAACCAAGUAAAAAAAAAAUCAAAAAAGAAAAAUAUAUCGAAAAAAAGAAAAACAUAAAAAAGUACCCAUAUGAUCAUGGAAGCUGAAAAUGGGAUCCGCAGGCCUAAUUUCCCACUCCAGUUACUAGAGAAAAAGGAAGAAGAAAAGGCAUGCUCCAACUCCGGCUACACCCCCUUAGCCAUAACAUCCGUAUCCUCCGACUCGAACCGGCCUGGUUCUUCUGGUGCUCUCCAAGCAACCGAGGCAUCAAAGAAGGCUCCUCCGAAGCGAACCUCGACCAAGGAUAGGCACACUAAGGUUGAUGGCCGUGGCCGUCGAAUCCGAAUGCCUGCUACAUGCGCUGCUAGGGUUUUUCAGUUGACCAGAGAGCUCGGUCACAAGUCUGACGGAGAAACCAUCGAGUGGCUACUUCAGCAGGCGGAACCCUCUGUGAUCGCUGCCACUGGGACCGGUACUAUUCCUGCAAAUUUUACUUCGCUAAACAUAUCCCUUCGGAGCUCCGGGUCGAGUAUGUCGGCGCCUUCGCACUUCCGUAGCUCUUAUUUUAACCCUAAUUAUAACUACGGUGCUGCCGCAGCGGCAUCACAGUUUAUUAGGACGACGUCUUCAGGAGCCGAGUGGGAGAGGAGUGCUAGUACUGUAAUAAUGGACGAAUCUCAGCAACGCAGAGCUUUGUUCUCAGGAGGGAUAGGGUUAUUGACCUCGUCACAGGUCAAUUCAUCAACAUCCUCGUCACCAAUGAUGUUGAAUUUUGCUUCUGGGAAUGUGAGCGCCAUGAUGCAAACCAAGCAAGAACUACAUCAUGAGGCUGCAAGCAACCUCGAGCAGGGUGAAGGCACCGGACAAAGAAAGCGAAGGGCGGGGCCAGAGGAGGACUUGUCUUCGCCGCAGAGUAGUACUCAGAAUUUGGUCAAUAAUAAUAGUAACAAUAACAACGGUUACUUGUUGCAAUCAAGUUCGGGUUCAGUUCAGGCGAGUCAUAAUAACCCCAUGCCGGCGGCGUUUUGGAUGUUGCCGAAUAAUUCCGCUAGUAAUAGUAACCACAUAGCUGCUGCCGCCGGGGGCGGUUCGCAAAAUCAUCACGAUCCCAUGUGGACAUUCCCUAAUGCGAGUAGCACUACUACUUCAAAUAUGUAUAGAGGAGCGCCUAUUACUAGCGGUUUGCAUUUCAUGAAUUUUCCUCCGGUGGCCUUAUUGCCUGGCCAGCAAAUUGGUUCGGGAACUGGCGGCGGCGACAGCCAUAGCCACUUGGGCAUGCUAGCGGCGCUCAACGCAUAUAGGCCGAUUCUUAAUGGAGGCGCAACUGAGUCUCCCGUGACGGGAUCCCACCAACAUCACGGUGGAGAUGAUGGGCAUGAUAAUACUUGUAGUACUACUAGUCAUCGGUGACGGCGGCUAGAUCCAAUAUCAAUUACAGAUUAUGCGUACGAUUUGAUUUUUUUUUUUUUUUCCUUAUAUAUGUUUUAAUUUCUCUCUACCCUAAUUUUACAAUAUAUACUUUUGUGUGCAACAAAAACACAAGUUUGGUUGCUCUGAAUUUGGGUUUAGUGUUUGAGUUUAGAGUGAGUAAGUAGCUAGGGUUUGAUCCCGAGAGAUGAGAAGUUAAUAAUAUUAAGAUGGUUUUGGUGUUGGCUGGUUUUCCACUAAGGUUCUUUUGGGUGUGAGUAUCUGAACAAUAGUUACACUAUUACAUAUUGACUGUUUUUGUGUUUGUUUAUAUCAUUGAAUAUUAUACAGACAUGUCAUGUUUUAUUA